AAGCGACCAGUUGUGUUCGUCCGCGUCUUCUGCUGUUAUUCGUUUAGAUUGUUUACGUGAUUUUACUCUUCUUAGGAGUAAUUUUAAAAGUUUAUUUCUUAGUACUGCUACGUGUUUCAAACCAAAAAUGAAUGUACAAACCUUAAUAUUUGUAACAUUACUAUAUUUUUCUUUUAUAUUUAAUAGUUCCUGUUCUGAAGAAAAGCCUGCUAAAAAGAAGUUGCAAAUUGGCAUUAAAAAGCGAGUUGAUAACUGUCAAGUGAAAUCUAAGAAGGGCGACUUUCUGCACAUGCAUUAUAGGGGCACACUAGAAGAUGGAACAGAAUUCGACAGCAGCUUGUCAAGAGAUCCUCUUACUUUCACCCUAGGAUCGGGCCAAGUGAUCAAAGGCUGGGACCAAGGAUUAAUGGGGAUGUGUGCCGGAGAGAAGAGGAAGUUGGUUAUCCCACCUCACCUAGCCUACGGUUCUCAUGGCUCUCCUCCAAAGAUUCCUGGAGAAGCCACGUUAAUAUUUGAAGUGGAGCUUGUAAAAAUAGACAGGAGAGACGAUCUAUAGUUAAGAACUACAUUUUCUGCUCAAAUGUGAAGUUUUGUACUUUUGUCAAAUGCUUAGUAUUUAUCGAUGUAGUAUGUAUUGAAACCUGAUUUUAUGAACAAGACAUAAUAUGUAAGACUUUCGUCAUCCUAUUAGAAUGCAUUUGUUGUUUUAAGUGUCUUAUUUGUAUUUUCGACUCCAGAGGCAUUUAUCUUGAAAUAAAAACAUGUUUGUAAAUUUCGAGAAAUACAUCAAGAUAUAUAGUUUUCUAUUAAUACUAUUUUUAGUUAUAGGAGCUUAUUUAAUAUGGAUUAUAUCUUUUCAUAUGGUACAUUCCACUAAUUUUUCUUCUAUUAGAAGUCAGUUGUUAGAUAUGCCCUAAGUAUUAGGCUACAGUUAAUUCAAAUUGAUUUCAUUGUCAUAACAUAAAUUGUACCAAAUAUGAAAAAUAAACACUAGCCUAAUGCUGUGUAUAAAGAGUGUACACAUCCAUUUCUCAGAAAACAUGCAAUUUAAACAUCACUAUUAAUUAUACCUUUGUAAGUGAUAUCAUAUUGUUCAUAAGAUUCAUCAUUUUAUCCUUUCAUAAAGUAAGAUACUUUUCUUCAAUAGAUCUCAGCAGAUCGAUUUCUUCAUUAAGAAAUCUUACUUUUCUUAUAAAAUUUGGAUUUAGAUUCCUUUUUUAUGUUUUCAUAUUUAACUUUCAGUUCCAACAAUACUUUUUGUUGUGAAUGCACAAUCCAAUUAAAUCAUAAUAUUUACGGUACUUUAUUAUUUUAUAAGGGCAAUACUAAAACUAAUAAUGUUUCACUUAUUUAUUAUUUUGAACAAAUAUUCUCUAGUGUAGUUAAUUAACUAUCACAAAGUUUAUGUAGUUGUAUAUUUUAUGGUUAACAUACUGAAAUGUAAUAAUUAUAAACUUGGUAAAAUUCCAUGAAAUGCUUGAAACAAGAAUGAAUGUAAAUGUGUGUUUUAUAAAAUUAAAUUCAUCACUAUGUUGUU